UAAAUAAAUAUUACACAUGUACUGAACUUGCAAACAUUUUAAACGAAAAUUAUACCAAUCUCAACGUAACUGACUGGACUGUGCUUAAUGAACUUAAUAAUCUUAAUUACUUUAGUACUGUCCCAAAAACUAUACCCUUGCUAACUGACCAACAAAAGCAGCAUAGAGUGGAGUUUGCUAUGAAAUACAGAAGACAAAAUUGGAAUAAA